AGCAAGCGGAUGUAGAUAGCGGGUUAGUAUUUUUCUUGUGCAAAAUCUUUAUCGAGGUCUAUACCGCUGUCCGUGACGUGGUAGACGCUAGACUAAGAGAGAAGAACUACAUGCUUCUACCGCACGCAUUUUGAACACCUUGUUCACUUGUGUCGUGAAGCGCAUCUUCAAAAAGUAUCAGCAACGGGACUGGUACAACUUGAGCGCCGGAACUACAUCAGUCCAAGCCAUGGCGAUGACCACCACGGCGUCCCCUUCUACCUCCGCCGUGUAUCAAGUGUAAAAGUGUCUGGGUCUGGAAGAAUGCAACUGGCGAUGCUGAAUUUGGAUUCCAGAAAAAUCUGUAUUGCAUGAGCAGCAAAGGGAAUGCAAUUUUUGCUACGCGGAGAGGGCAUUUGUCAUGCGGAAUAGGCAUCACGAAGCCCUCAAAAAAUCUGUGAUGCUAGGGCAUGCAUCACAGACAUGCAUCAUGGCCAAUGCAAAACAUGCAUGACAAGUCUCAGAAUCUUCCAGACCCAGACACUUUUACAUUUGAUACCGUGGUGGGAGCAACCAACGCGGAACUGCACGAAGCCACCGUCCUGGCGCUCGACAAGGAGAAUCUGAAGGAUGCCUCGGCAGCGAUCAAAAAAUUGGUCAAAGAGAAAUCCCUGACCCCGGCGCACCAGCGACAAAUCGUCUCCGCCUGGGCGAAGGGGAACACCGUCUGGCUUUAUGCAGUGCAAAAAGCUUAUUCGCUUCCGCUACCACUUGAUUAGAUUCUUACAAAUUGCAGCACUAGCACUGCUAGUAUCGUUAUUUUCGUCCUGUCUUCUUGUUUAUCUUCACCUAGUAUGACGAGUUGAAGUCGCAGUUGUAUUUUCUGUCGUACCAAAAUGAUCUGGUGCGACGGUCUUCAUGCGGGUCGUGAUGCAUUGGUGCGGAUCAUAUUCUUUUGCAAUGCAUGGGCUCGAUGAGAAGACGAACUCCAUCAAGGAAAAGAAGUACUACACAGUGGAGGAUCUGGAGAAGCUGCAGGUGGCGACCAGCGACCAGGUUGCAGCCGAACUGCCCAGUACCGAUAGUGCCGGGGAUAGUGGAAUUGCAAAGAACUCAGCAUCCUCCUCGUCCACUGGAAAUAGUAAAGCGAGACAACAUAUGAAAUGUGAAUAUGUCGGAUCGAUGAGUUCAAAUUCAAAAAGAUGCAAGGUUUGUUAUGCUCGGCUACCAUAACUCUCAACAAGUCUGUCAUGCGCAUGAGCCAAAGGCACUGUCAAGCAGAAGCCCAGUUUGUCAUGCUAUGCACCAUAGACAACGGAACGCCUGUGCCCAGCAUCUCCACAACUUGUCAUUCUUGGCAGUCAAUUGCGGUGUCCUCGUAUUUUUCUCAAACCAGCGUCACAGGUUUCUGUUUUCAGAAUUCAGAUCGAGAUGACAUGUUUGCAUUUGAUACAGCAAUUUGAGGACGAGCUGUUGCUGGACAAACACGAACUGACGAAGGAGCAAAAGCGGCGUCGGCGGGAGGAAAAAGAGAAAGUCAUUGUUGAUAUCAUGAAGAGGCUGAAGAAGUCCAGGAAAGAAGCACUGGAGUACAUUGAGCAAGGAGGUACUCUUUACUGCAGCUUUCUUCUUACGAGUGCUACAGUUCUUUUUUUCUGAAAUGAUCUUCUAUAUAGCUUGUUGUGUUUCUUACCUGAAUCUGCAUGACAACCUGUACUUUUCUUGUUCUUGAGAAAAUUUCUUGUCAUGAGAUUUAUACUACGAACGGACGAUCACGAUACUUUCCGAUGCAUAAACAGCAUAGCACAACACUACCCCAGGUCUCGACGCGGAGAAGAUGCAGGCCGAGAUGGGCGCGCCCACAGACAAAUACUGGGACGAGAUCCAGGAGAAGGGGCCCCCAGAAUGGUUCCAAAAAGCGUUCGAGGAAUACGAAAAGAAAAAGGAGGCGGGCGAGCUGGACGAAAAUGGAGAUCCGGUGUGGGGGGAGAUUUUGCAGAAAACCGAAGGUGGAGGUCCGCUUGCUGGUGAACAAGAAGCCCAAAAUAAUGAUGUUGAAAGUGCAAGCGUAAAACCUGCAGCUGUUGAAGAUCUAGACGCGUUGUCAUAAGCAGUAGAGUAGUGGUCGCAAACCGAUACAACAAGUACCAAAGACUACACAAGAGCUGAAACAAACGAAAGGAAACCGCCAGACGGUGCGGAAACUACAACGUUAAAAUGGCGAUGUUUGGUUUGUGUUCUUUCCGUAUCGUGCAGCAUCCUCGUGUGGU